CCCCUUCCCCUUUCAGAUACUGCUUACCAUUUAUCUUCAUAAUAAUAAUACUGAUAUAUAUAUAUAUAAAUGGAUAGAUAGAUAGUGAAUAGGCACACACCUCCAUGCCUACCUGUUAUUACAUACCAUUAAUCUUGUGAUUGCUGCUGCUGCUGCUGAUAGUGUCUGUCCAUGGCGGCGGCUUCCUUCCCAGCCCUGUCCCUGUCCCUGUCCUUCUUCUACCUCUACCUCUACUCAGCAGUAGCAGUAGCAGUAGCAGUGAAUGGAACAGUGGGCAUUAAUGGAAGCAUCCCCAUAGGGAAGACAAACAGCAACUUCGUGUGUGCCACCCUCGACUGGUGGCCUUCCACCAAAUGCGACUAUGGCACUUGUAGCUGGGACACUGCUUCUCUUCUCCAACUCGAUCUGAGCAACAAGAUUUUAAUCAACGCAGUCAAAGCCUUUUCUCCAUUGAAGAUUCGAUUGGGAGGGACAUUGCAGGACAAGCUGAGAUACCAAACCAAGGACGACCCCAAACCUUGCCCUGAUUUCGUCAAGAACACCUCCCAGCUCUUCGGUUACAACGAAGGCUGCCUCCCCUUGUCCCGCUGGGAUGAGUUGAAUACAUUCUUCAACGCCACCGGAGCCAAGAUCAUAUUCGGACUGAAUGCUUUAACGGGAAGAACCAUUAGAGCCGACGGAAGCUGCACCGGAGCAUGGAAUUCCGGCAAUGCCGCAUCCUUCAUAAGGUACACCGUCGGCAAUGGCUACCCUAUCUACGGCUGGGAGCUGGGGAACGAGCUCAGCGGGAAUGGAGUCGGCGCGCGGGUUGAUGCAGGCCAAUACGCUUCAGAUAUAAUCAAUCUCAAGAAAACAGUCGACGACGCAUACAACAAAUCCGACCACAAGCCGCUAGUCAUAGGCCCCGGCGGCUUCUUCGAUCAUACCUGGUUUGCCAAGUUUGUCGCCGGCGCAUCCUCAUCUCUUCAAGCUGUCACACACCAUAUCUACAACUUGGGUCCAGGAGUGGAAGAACAUUUGGUGGAAAGGAUAUUGGAUCCGUCCUGGCUCGACAACAUGGUGCCGCCAUUCCGCGAUCUUCAGAACAUCGUGAACAGCACGCCGAAUUCUUCAGCCGUCGCAUGGGUAGGCGAGGCUGGAGGGGCAUACAACAGCGGCCGCAAUCUCGUCACAAAUGCAUUCGUCUUUAGCUUUUGGUACCUGGAUCAGCUGGGGAUGUCUUCUUCUUUCGACACGAAAACAUACUGCAGACAGUCCCUCAUCGGUGGGAACUACGGCUUGCUCAACAUCACCAGCUUUCACCCGAAUCCCGACUUCUACAGCGCGCUCCUCUGGCACCGCCUGAUGGGAAGAGCCGUCCUGUCGACAAGCUUUGAUGGGACAAAAAAGAUUCGCGCAUACUCUCAUUGUUCAAGGAAUUCGGCUGGAAUCACAUUGCUACUGAUAAACCUGGACAACAGCACUGCAGUUCAAGUUUCUGUCUCGAUCCCAGAUGCCAUUGGAAACAAGACAUCGUCCACGCCCGGACACACUGCACAACAACAAAACCUGAAGACAAGAAUCACUAACAAAAUAGAGCAAGACAACAUACAGAAAGACGAAAUUACGAGACAAGAGUACCAUUUGACAGCCAAGGAUGGCGAUCUGCAUAGCCAGACGGUGCUUUUGAAUGGGAAAAUAUUAUCCGUAAAUUCAUCAGGGAUCAUACCUACACUGGAACCUGCAAAGGUGAAUCCUUUGGAACCAAUACGCGUCGCGCCUCUCUCCAUAGUGUUCGUGCAGAUGCCGUAUGUUCAUGUCCCGGCUUGUUCGUAAAGCUUGACCACAGACAGCCAUACAUUCAUGCUGUAUAUCAUUGUUCUAAGUGAUCAUAGUCCAUGGUCGAUAGUAAAACAGUUUACCAUAGCAAGCUAUUCAGUACAUUUAUCAUUCGAUAUAGUUGACCACAUAUUUUCUGGUGAAAAAUAUAA